CGCAGAGGAAUUUAAGCAGAAGCAGAGAUUUGAUCCCACUGAGCUGCCACUGGUCUCAGGGCAGUUUUAUAUGUUUUUUUUUUCUCUUCUUUUAAUCAUUCACUUGAUGCUGAGGCAGAAUGGACGGCUCCUCUCUGUUGGACACAGACUACAAUGACACUUACUUGGAUGAGCGUUUUUUCUUCGAGGACAACAUUGAUGCGUUUGGCAUCACCAUGGCCAUCCUCUACCCGUUGGUGUGCAUCCUGGGACUAGCUGGGAAUUCCCUUGUCAUCGUCGCCAUUUUGAAAUUAGACAAAAUGUCGUCGUCCACCACGGUGUACAUUUUCAACCUGGCGCUGGCCGAUGGACUCUUCAUGGUUGGUCUGCCAUUUAUAGCGAGCCAGAACUUCCAGAACCGCUGGGUGUUUGGCGACAUCGCAUGCAAAGUGGUCAUGGUGCUGGACGGCAUCAACCAGUUCACCAGCGUCUUCUGCCUGACAGUGAUGAGCAUCGACCGCUACAUGGCACUGGCCGACCCGCUUCGGUUUGCCCGCUGGAGAACGCCGCGCUGCGCAAAGAUCGUUUCUGUGGUUCUGUGGCUGUUCUCGCUCCUCACCAUCCUCCCCAUGGCACUCCACUUCUCGGCGGAUAAAGGCCUGUGCAUACCAGAGCUCGUCUCGGACUCCUGGUGGCUCGGCAUCCUCUCUUACACCUUUGUCAUGGGAUUCGCUCUGCCGUUCACGAUGAUGACCGCCUCCUACACGGCGCUCCUGCUCACCCUGCGGCUCCAGCGGCUCAGAAGGUCGACACCAAACCAAGAAAGCCACCGGCUGGAGCGACAGGUCACCAGGAUGGUGGUGGCGGUGGUGGUCGUGUUCGGUGUGUGCUGGCUGCCGUUUUACACCUUCAACUUCUGCUCCCUGCAUCAAAGUGGUCUGGUCCUGACUUUCGCCAGAGCUUUUGAGUGCAUGGUCCUUUUGUCAUACUCAUGGAGCUGUGCUAAUCCCAUCCUCUACGCCUGCCUCUCCGACACAUUCAGGAGGCACUUCCGCACCCUCCUCUGCCCCAUGGUCAAGUCAUCUCCCAGCAUGCAGUGCAACACUGAACGGUAUGACUUGAAUGACACAGGGGAUGCCACCUUACCCGCAUAG